AUGCUAACCCGCAAAACCAUAAUAUUAUCAAGGCUCUCACCUACAAGACUAGAAUCCUCUCUUUUCAAAUAUUCGACUAUAAGAAGUUUUCACCGCUCAACAUCUUUCCUAGGGUACAAGAAAUGGACAGACCUUGGUACCAAGGACAAACAGACUUUUAUCAACAAGUACGUUGAACUUUACAAAGAUAAGCACCCUUGUAGCCCCAGUAAUACCAUGAAUAGGACGCUGGUAAGCGAAAUGGAAGAGUACGAUGAUGCCCCAUACGUUUUCGGUAUAGUUUAUAAUGAAAUUAGAUCGUUAGCAUUGGGUGAAUCGGUGCACAACGUGGAAGGAAGCGGAGUGCUGGGAGAUCCUGAAUUUCAGAAAUUGUUGCAUAAAUGA